GUAGUGGUGGGUUUGUGCUUUGUGUUGGUGGUGGUUGUGAUUUCCUUCUCUCUCUCUCUCUGUUUUAUCUGUUUGGAAUUAAAAUCUAGAGAGAGAUGGGAAGGACUCCAUGUUGUGACAAGGAUGGGCUGAAGAGAGGUCCAUGGACUCCUGAUGAGGAUGAGAUUCUUGUCAAUUACAUCAACAAGAAUAAGGGACAUGGCAGCUGGAGAUCUCUCCCACAGCAUGCAGGCCUUCUUCGAUGUGGUAAGAGUUGCCGACUCAGGUGGACAAAUUAUCUUAGACCAGACAUUAAGCGUGGCCCAUUUACUGAGGAAGAAGAGAAGCUAAUCAUUCAGCUCCAUGGCAUGCUUGGAAACAGGUGGGCUGCUAUAGCAUCUCAGUUACCUGGACGAACUGACAAUGAGAUCAAGAACUUAUGGAACACGCACCUGAGGAAGCGCCUUAUCCGCAUGGGGAUCAAUCCACAAAAUCACGAGCCCUUUACCCCUGACGGUUCAACUUCCAAAACAUCAGCUUCCACCACGACACGCCACAUGGCACAGUGGGAGAGUGCUAGGCUUGAAGCCGAGGCUAGGCUGUCAAGGGAGUCAUCACAGUUCAGUACCCCAUUUCUGGAGAAAUCUGACUCGGACUACUUCCUGCGCUUAUGGUACUCUGAGGUUGGAGAGUCAUUCCGAAAGCUCCCCAUAGCAGGUAAAACUCCAUCUGAUAGCCCCAUCUCUGAGGCAUCUUCUUCAGGGAAGUGUGGAUCAAUCUCGGCUGUAACAACAGAAAUUGGCCAUUGCUUUAUGGGGUCGUCAACCAUGGCAGCCACUCAAGAUGAAGAUGUAAAAUACAAGGUUAUCAAGUCCGUUACUGGUGAAGAUAUGAUCUACAGGAUUUACAAGUGCAACACUGAAAAUGUGAUGAUACGCGGUUCUGACUCUUCAAGCUCCAACAAAUUAGAUGACUCAUCAGAAUCUGCAAUGGAUAUGCUGCUGGAUUACCCCAUUAACAAUGACAUGAGCUUCUUAGAAGACGAUAUGAAUGACUAUGCAACAAGUACUUCGGCCAAGAUAGAAAAUGCCUUUUUUCCCCUCUCUGAUUCAAAGCAGGCGUUCAAACUUCUUUUGUAACUCUCUUACGUUUUGCUUUAUGGUAGCUGCUUCCUAUAUUAUCUUUCAGACUAGUGAGAGAGCAAGGGUGAAGGGUUCUGUUCCUAAUUUUUGGCUUAAUGUUAGAGCAGUGCUGCUGCUACUUGUGGGUUGGUAGGACUGCUUAACAAAUUCAGUGUGCUAGGAUUCUGUAUGUAUAGUAGUUACAGAUUCCACAAUCGUUUCAGACAUCUCAUGUAACCUAGAUGGUAUCAGGUACUAAUAUUCCAUGUUUCCAGAUGCUUU